AUGUCUUUCAGUAUUCACCAUGAAUACAUUUACAUGGUGGAAUCAAAAACACUUUCCGAAGAACCACCUGCUCAUUCUCCUCUCUCUGAACUGGCUGUUCGGGUUCGGUCAGAUAAAAAGAACAUAAACAUGGCUGCCAUCUAUGGUUCCAUUCGUAUGAUUCAAGGAGCAGGAAGAGGAGGUAAUGAUCAUCAUUCUCAACCGUAUUCAACAACACAAAAAUCAAGCCGUAUUCAUACCAUUCGAUCCAAUGAGUCCGAUAGUGUGAUGGCCGUUUGUCAGAAUGGAGAAGUGUAUCAUGGUUCUCAUUAUGAUUCAAUCUCUGAUUCCACUACUGCUCAUUUUGAUGGUCAUGCGUUGAGAGCCAUUCAUCGACUUGAAACACCAGAAAUUCAGAACGAAAACGAGAAGGUCAUUAAUGUAGAGGUGACAUCGAGUAAGAGAAUUAUUCUUACAAAUAAGAGUUUAUACGUGCUUGAUUUUAAUGCAUCUCAACUCAGUGGGGGAACUCCACUUCCAACAUUAGAAGAUCCAUUGGAUCGUUUUAAAAGUGUUCGGUGUAGCUCAAGAGCUGAUUUUUUCUUUGUUUUGACAGAAAUGGGAAAGGUGUACUGCAAUGGUAGAAAUUCUAAUAGCGUAUUUGGAAACGACUGUGCAGGUGGAGAGGAAUCAAUUUCACCAUUUAAAAUGCAAGAAUUUCUGUCAUCUUUACCAAGUCCAGUUGAGGAUAUCGAAUGCGGUUAUUUAUUUGCAGUGGCAAGAUGCAAGAAUGGAAACGCAUAUGGUAGUGGAUAUAAUUGUUAUUGCAAUAUCGGCAUUGAUGGUGACAGAACUGUGGAGGCAGACACGUUCAAACUGGUAGAAAAAUUACAAGGACGAAUCAAACAGCAUGCAUGCGGAUCAUUUCACACAGCAUACAUUACAUUUGACAAUGAAUUAUGGGUUUGUGGCUUGCAAACAGAUGGACAACUUGGCGGAGAAUUUAGAGAUGAAUAUGAAAACACGGAUUGUGUCAACCUGGUUCAAUUCACCCUUGGAGACAUGACUCGAUUCAAAAGCGUUUGUUGUUCUGGAUACGGAACCUUUAUUUUAACUGAACACAACGACCUUCUUUGUUGUGGAAAGUAUGACCAUUUUGAACUUGGUCAGGGCACCAAGACCGGUCUUCAUCAUGCUCUAUUCAAAUUAGAAAACUCUGAAAUGAUUGGAACCUUUGGAAUGAAUCCCAAUGAAAAUGUCAGAAUUGCAGUUUUGACAUCUUACGAUUCUGGUUUUUUUGGAUUUAUUCAAUGCCGUUCCUUAACUGGUAAAGGUCUCACCUUGUUUAUUGGCAAUAUGAGAAAGUGUGCCACAUCAAAUCACGCUCGAGUUUAUACUGAUCUUACGAUCCACUGUUGUCACUAA